AUGAAUCGACUUGCUCAAUUCUCCAAUAUUCCACACAGUGUCUUCAGAGAACAACAUUUCAGCAACGCAGCGGAUUAUUUUGAGGAACUGGCUCAGCAGCAUUUCUAUCAUCUUGAGCUUCAACACAACGAUGCAAUUUCAAACGAAGCCGACUGCCGGAAGAAAUAUAUUGCGCGGUGUCUUUUCCGCAAACUUUCGCGCGACAUAUCGAGAGAACAUUGUAAUGGACCCUUCAGGCUCUAUUGCGAUGACCUUCACCCCGACAAUGUCCUUGUUGAUGUAUCAAAGCUUGUUGUCACUGGGGUGGUUGACUGGGAGUUUGCUUACGCUGCUCCUGUUGAAUUUACAUAUGCGGCUCCUUGGUGGCUCUUAUUGGAGCGUCCAGAAGACUGGGAGUCCGAUCUAGAUCAAUUUUUGGUUCGUUUCAUGCCAAGGUUUCGAAUUUUCCUUGAAGUACUUCAAGAUUGCGAGGCAAGAAAAAUCAAAGGCGGAUCUUUGUCACAAUCCCAGCGUUUAUCCAUUGCUAUGGAGAAUUCAUUGGAGACUGGACACUUUUGGAUUUGCCUUGCUUCAAGACACAGCUCCAUGUUUGAUGAGAUCUAUUGGAAUUUCAUUGAUCCAAGGUUUUUUGGUCAUUUUACAACGAUUGAGGAUCGACUACGUCUGUUAAGCGCAGAGGAGCGUGUAAACAUCGACAUCUUCAUUGAGAAGAAAAUGUGCCAGGCAAGUGAGGGCAAGUUGAUUUCUUAUUACAGCAUCGAUGAAAUAAGUAUUCUAAUCCUGGCAAAGUUCCUCGCAGGUGUAUUCCCAGCCGAGCGCAGACUAACAACAGGAUUAAGUUCUGGUGCAAGCGAGCAACCUAAGCUUUCUCUGCUCGUUGCCCCGUCCCUGUUGUAG